UUCGGGCCGAGCCCCGACUGCGAAAGUGAGGCACAUGGCCCCUGCAGACCGGGCCUCGGAGGGUCCCAGGCUUGAGGACCCGUCGGCCCCCCACUCCCUUGGAAAGUGCCCCCCUGGCUUAGUCAUGGCGAAGCUGGAGACGCUGCCUAUGCGCGCUGACCCAGGGCGGGAUCCUCUCCUGGCCUUUGCCCCUCGGCCCUCUGAGCUCGGACCCCCAGACCCUCGCCUGGCCAUGGGCAGUGUGGGCAGCGGGGUGGCCCAUGCCCAGGAGUUCGCCAUGAAGAGCGUGGGCACCCGCACGGGGGGUGGGGGCAGCCAGGGCAGUUUCCCCGGCCCCCGCGGCGGCGGUGGUGGGGCCAGCAGGGAGAGGCCAGGCCGCUACCCCUCCGAAGACAAGGCUCUCGCCAACUCCCUCUACCUCAACGGCGAGCUGCGGGGCAGCGACCACACCGAUGUCUGCGGCAACGUGGUGGCCAGCAGCGGGGGCAGUAGCAGCAGCGGGGGCAGUGACAAGGCCCCGCCGCAGUAUCGCGAGCCCAGCCAUCCACCUAAGCUCUUGGCCACCUCUGGCAAGCUAGACCAGUGCUCCGAGCCGCUAGUCAGGCCUUCGGCCUUCAAGCCCGUUGUACCCAAGAACUUCCACUCCAUGCAGAACUUGUGCCCCCCGCAGGCCAAUGGUACUCCUGAGGGACGACAGGGUCCUGGUGGUCUCAAGGGCGGACUGGACAAGUCUCGGACCAUGACCCCAGCGGGCGGGGGUGGGGGCGGCCUCUCCGACUCAGGCCGGAACUCACUGACGAGCCUGCCCACCUACAGCUCCAGCUAUAGCCAGCACCUGGCGCCCCUCAGUGCCUCCACCAGCCACAUCAACCGCAUCGGCACUGCCAGCUACGGCAGUGGCGGCGGCGGCGGCGGCGGCGGCUCGGGCUACCAGGACCUGGGGACCUCUGACAGCGGGCGCACCUCCAGCAAGAGUGGGUCGUCCUCCUCCAUGGGGCGGCCAGGCCACCUGGGGUCGGGGGAGGGCGGAGGUGGCGGCCUGCCGUUCGCGGCCUGCUCACCCCCCUCGCCCAGUGCCCUGAUCCAGGAGCUCGAGGAGCGGCUGUGGGAGAAGGAGCAGGAGGUGACCGCUCUGCGGCGGAGCCUGGAGCAGAGCGAGGCCGCGGUGGCCCAGGUGCUGGAGGAGCGGCAGAAGGCGUGGGAGCGCGAGCUGGCCGAGCUGCGGCAGGGCUGCAGCGGGAAGCUGCAGCAGGUGGCCCGCCGCGCGCAGCGCGCCCAGCAGGGCCUACAGCUGCAGGUGCUGCGGCUGCAGCAGGACAAGAAGCAGCUGCAGGAGGAGGCCGCCCGGCUGAUGCGGCAGCGGGAAGAGCUGGAGGACAAGGUGGCCGCCUGCCAGAAGGAGCAGGCUGACUUCCUGCCCCGGAUGGAGGAAACUAAGUGGGAGGUGUGCCAGAAGGCGGGGGAGAUCUCCCUCCUGAAGCAGCAGCUGAAGGACUCGCAGGCCGACGUGUCCCAGAAGCUGAGUGAGAUCGUGGGGCUGCGCUCGCAGCUGCGGGAGGGCCGGGCCUCGCUGCGGGAGAAGGAGGAGCAGCUGCUCAGCCUGAGGGACUCCUUCGGCAGCAAACAGGCCAGCCUGGAGCUGGGCGAGGCGGAGCUGCCCGCGGCGUGCCUCAAGCCCGCCCUGACCCCGGUGGACCCGGCCGAGCCCCAGGAGGCCCUGGCCACGUGCGAGAGCGACGAGGCCAAGAUGCGCCGGCAGGCCGGGGUGGCCGCCGCCGCCUCGUUGGUUUCCUUGGACGGGGAGGCGGAAGCUGGCGGGGAGAGCGGGACGCGGGCCCUGCGGCGGGAGGUGGGGCGGCUGCAGGCCGAGCUGGCGGCCGAGCGGCGAGCCCGGGAGCGCCAGGGGGCCAGCUUCGCGGAGGAGCGCCGCGUGUGGCUGGAGGAGAAGGAGAAGGUCAUCGAGUACCAGAAGCAGCUGCAGCUGAGUUACGUGGAGAUGUACCAGCGCAACCAGCAGCUGGAGCGGCGGCUGCGGGAGCGCGGGGCAGCGGGGGGUGCCAGCACACCCACCCCCCAACACGGCGAGGAGAAGAAAGCCUGGACGCCCUCCCGCCUCGAGCGCAUUGAGUCCACGGAAAUCUGAUCCCCUACCUGGGCAUGUGGCCUUUUGACAAAUGCCCUGUCAAAGGCCAGAGUCCCUAGUGUCCCCUUCCCGCUAUUUCUCUUCCCCCAUGUCCCCCAUGCCCCCAGACCAAAGAGGUUCUCAAAGCAGCUGUGACCAGGUCCCUCCCCACCCCCCACUGGGUGCCCUUCGGGCUCUACCACAGGCCCUCUGGGCAGCCCACUUGGACCCUCCUCCCAAGGAAGGGAGAGAGCGAGGCAGAGUGUUUGGGGGAGCCCGUGCUCCCCUUCUUGGCACUGCUUUGCGGGAGAUGGGAGGCGGCAGGCCUGCAGUACCAUGAGGUGCCCCAGCCCCUCGGUAGGACCGGGCUGCCCCUGUUGGCCACCCCAGUGUCCAGUGAUGCUCUCUGUGGUCACCUCCAAGGCCAUAUAGCCUGAGGGGGCCUGCAUGGGGUCUGCCGAAGCUGACAGACCUUGGGCUCCUGGCCUCUCUCCUUCCUGCCCUAUUAUCCCUCCCUGGGCAGAUUGGCAGGACGAGUGGGAGCAGAUGGCCCGUAUGUGGUUGAGAGGGCUACCUGCCCAGCCCCUCCCCCCACUCCUACCAAGGUCUCUUGGGCUCAGGCCUCGGAGCCUGGCCUGGUCCUGAGUGUAUGUCCAUAUGUGCGUAUCAGGGGCCAGAGGGAAGGCUGGGGGUGGAGACUCAGUGCCCAGGGAAGAUCUGCUCUCCUGUUCUUGGGAAGGGUCACCUGGAGACUUCUUAGCUCUACCCCACCCUUCUGGCCAGGAUCCCACAGGGUGAUAGCCCCAUCUGCUUGGCUCACCCCACACCCAGGGCCGCUGUCCGCGGCUCUAACUACAGCUAUUAAGUGCUACCUGCCUCUCAGGCACUCCCCUCACCCGGUUUCUGAGGUCAUAUGAGUGUCUGUGAUGUCUUCCUGUGUCUUCUUCCACUCGAUUCCCCCAGCCUCCCUCUGCUUUCACGCUCAGAACAUCAUUGUCCUAGGCCGCCUCUUCCCCCCAAACCUCACCUUUUCUUCCAGUAGAAAAUUCUGCUUGAUCUUUGGUGCACUGCCCACUUCCAAGCUCCAAUGGGCCCAAGCCUGAGCCAGAGGCCUUUGUUUUGGGGGGCGAGGGGGGAUGGUUGUGAUUGCCCUUGAAGGACAAGGCUGAUCUGAGAGGAACACUGACCCCUGAGUUCCCAGGACCUCGAGGUAGCCCAGUGUUUGCCCAGGGUAGGCCUGGCAUGGCCAUCAGUGGGGGUUGGGACAGCACUGUCACUUCCCUUCUCCUCUUGGCAUCCUCUGAGUCUAUCUCCCUAAGAUAGGAAAGAAAGGCAAAUUUCUAAUUCACCAGCAAUAAAAAUUAGAGGAGGCUUGGCCCUCAGCCCUUGUAUUUCUCUCUUUUCACUCUCUUCCUCCCACCCCCAAGAUGGGGUUUGGAGGACAGGGUGGAGAGAGCUGGCAACUACUGUGAGCAAGUUCCCCAACCCCUGACCAGCCUCCUCCCAUGACUGGUGACUGUUUAAUGAGCUGUGCAUCCCCCACAAAAACAAGAGUGCCCCCCUGUGUGGCCUCUAUCCCUCUGCACAGCCCCUUCCCGGUGACCCUCACCAGAUCUCUGAGCCGGGUGAGGGGGGCCAUCUGGCAAUCACUGCCCAUUCCACUCACCCCUCACUGUACCUGCCCCAGAACCUGGGCCUGGACCAGAGGGGCAGGGGGAAGAGAAGGCAUUAGUAGGAAAAAAAAAAAAAUAGAAAAAAAUAUGAACAGACUCAGCUUUGGGACUUCCAACCACAAAAGAAAUUAUAUAUAAAUAUAUAUAAAUAUAUAUCUCUACCAUAGGUGAUGGAAAGACUUCGUUUUCUUUUCCCAAAGAAAUAAAAUGGAG